AUGAGGAAGAGAGAAAAGAGAGAGUUAGUAAUUAAAUAGGAAAAUUUGAAGAAAGAAAAAGCUGACAACAAUAUUAAAAAAUAAUUAAAUAAAUAAAUAACAAUAAAAAGGGUAAGACGAUUAAUUUAUAUAAAAUAAAUAAUUAUAAAUUCUUAAUAAAAACAAAGAAAGAAGAGUCCAAAGAAAAGAACCAAUUAAUUAAAUUAAUUUAUUUGCUAUUAAUAAGAAAAUAAAAAGGAAAUGCAAAACAGAAAGCCAGCUGUUCAAUAAGCUCCAAAGCCAGCACCUAAGCCCUAGGAUAACAAGACUCUUGCUUAGUAAUUUUAAAAGAUUACUGAUCACAAGAGAUUACCCAAGGAAAUUAGAGAUCAAUUCUUAAAGAGAAUCCAAUUUUGCUCUAACUAAUACGAUUUAAAUGAUGAUAACAAGCAUUAAAAGGAAAAGAGAGAAAGAUUAGGUUAUUUGCAAGAGCUCUCCGAACUCUUGAACGAGCCUUCAUCUGUUCAAUCAUUAUUUAUUCCUCAUCUUGAUCUCAUUAUUGAAAUGAUUGAAAAAAAUAUUUUCCGUCCUCUUCCUAUCCUCAAAAAUAACGGAACCAUCACUGAACCUGGUGCUGAAGAUGAGGAAGUUUACGUUAAUCCUGAAUGGGUACACAUUGAACCUAUUUUGGACUUUUUCUUAUAAUUGAUAGUUAAUGAAGCCAUCGAUGUGAGAAUGUUAAAGGGUUUUGUUACUCACUCAUUUGUUUAAGAUUAUCUUGAAUUAUUCCAUAGCGAAGAACCUCGUGAAAGAGAAUACUUGAAGAAUAUCCUCCACAAAUUAUAUGCUAAGCUUGUUCCUCGUCGUAAGCUUAUUCGUCGUGCUAUCAACGAUUCUUUCUACACCUUGAUUCAUGAAAACUACAAAUUCGCUGGUGCAGCUGAGCUUCUUGAUAUUCUUGCUGCUAUUAUCAGUGGUUUCGCUGUUCCUCUCCGUGAAGAACAUGUUAUUUUCUUCAAAAACGUUAUUAUCCCUCUCCACAAAGUCUAAACUUGUCUUUUGUAUCAUGAAUAAUUAAUGCGUUGCUCUAUGCUUUUCCUCUCUAAAGACCCUUCACUUGCAUUCCCUCUUCUUGAAGGUAUUCUUCGUUACUGGCCUUUUGCUAAUUCAACCAAAGAAACCGUCUUCUUGUAAGAAUUAUUAGAAGUUAUUGAAGUUUGUGAUUGCAAGCGUCUUGAUAACAUCAUUCCUAAACUCUUCAAGCGUAUUGUUAAGUGUAUUGCAGGUUCACAUUUGCAAGUUGCUGAUAGAGCUAUGUGCUUCUUUGAAAACGAAUUCUUCUUGAAUGUAGUUCGUAACUUUAAGGCCUACACAUUCCCUCUCCUUGUCCCUGUUAUCUCCUAACUUGCUGAUAACCACUGGCAUCGUAUCCUUAAGGAUUCCUUCCUUGCCCUUAAGACUAUCUUAAAAGAAAUAGAUUACCAAUCAUACGAAAAAGCUUUGGCCUAAAAGACUGGUCCAUUCCUUGCUUUCCUUAAUGACAAUACCAAAGAAAGACUCAAAAAUGAAGAAAAAUGGAAAAAACUCUCUGCAUUAGCAAAAUAAAAGGACCCUAAAUUCGUUGAUCCUGUAGUUCCUUAUCUUGAUACUCAUAUUGUUGGUGAACACAAUGGUCUUAAUAAUAAACACGUUCUCUGCCUAUGA